GGUCGUUACAACUUGAGAAAGAGAAGGAAAACUACUCAUGACAACUUGGUGGACCGAAUCAGUUAUUUACCCCAUGAAAUUCUUGUCACUAUAUUGUCACUCUUGCCGCUAAAGGAAGCAGCAUCAACUAGUAUCCUUUCUAGGCAAUGGCAGUAUCUGUGGACGUCUACUAUGAAUCUCAACUUCGAUGAUGAGGACACUUUAUGCCGUACUGCCAAGCCACCAGGAGGAGAAGCCCAAGAGUUGGCAAACCUCAGGUAUGUCAAUUGGGUCAAUAGCGUGGUGGAACAACACAGAGGCCCUAAAGUCGAACAAUUCAGAGUUAGCUUUCAUCUCGAUAAUCGUUCUUCAAGUUCCAUUGAUAAAUGGAUCCGAUUUGCAAUGAAAAAGGGAGUUCAAAUGCUUGACAUUGACUUCCUAGAAUAUGGUUUUCACCAGAGCUAUACUUUGUUUCCCCACCAAGUUUUUGGUUUCAAACAAGGGUCUGCAUGGAGGCCCUUCUGUUUUGAGGUUCCAAAUCUAGACCCUUGCAUGUACACUGGCUUUAAGUCCCUCAAAGAUCUUCGUUUCAAAAAUGUUGAUAUUGCAGAAGAAGUUCUCCAGUACUUCUUGUCUAAUUGUCCAGUUCUUGAACGAUUAUCAGUCUAUAAUUCCCGAUACGUGUCUCGUCUAAGAGUUGUCGGUACAUCAAUUGCCUUGAAGUACUUAGGGAUCUGGGAAUGUUUCAUGAUGGAGAGCAUUGAGAUUCGUGAUGCAAACCUUGUUUCAUUUACUUAUGCUGGACAUACAAUGAUAAACUUGCUUAUCAGGAAUGUACCUCGUCUUGUUGACGUAUCCAUUUGUGAGCCCAACAAUCUUUUCUUUGAGGUUGUCUUCGCCCAACUUUCAUACUGUCUUUCUCAGCUAGAGACUCUCAACUUGACUUACAAUGUG